UAUGUUAUAUUACCCAUGGAAUACAACUUAGAACUAAGGAAGCGAUGCCAAUGCCUUGUCAGAGGAAUAUCUUCUGGGUCUGGGCUCUGGCUUUUUCUUCCUUCAAAUAUUGCUUUAUAUUCAAGGCAACCUAUAACUGCCAUGGCUACCUUCUUAAAGAGAGCUUUUAAAUCUAUCACAUCUGCCAUUGCUUACUGCUACUUUAACUUCAGGGACGACCAUACGGCCAUCACAAAUAUCAACUACAACAUGACCAAGGGACGUCCACUUGCUUUGCAGACUGUGAAUCUCAAAGUCCGGAUGUGCUGCAGUGGUUGUGAGAGAGUUGUCAAAAAUGCGAUUCACAAGCUUAGAGGCAUUGAUUCGGUGGAGAUAGACUUAGACAUGGAAAAGGUUACAGUGGUGGGGUACGUUGAUCAAAAUAAGGUGCUAAAGGCAGUGAGGAAGGCAGGAAAGAGGGCAGAAUUCUGGCCCUACCCGAAUCCGCCAUUGUACUUCACAUCUGCUAAUCACUAUUUCAAAGAUACUACGAACGAAUUCAAAGAAAGCUACAACUACUACAGGCAUGGCUAUAACGUUGGAGAAAGGUAUGGGAACAUCCCCGUCACUCACCGUGGAGACGACAAGGUCAGCAACAUGUUCAACGAUGACAACGUUAACGCCUGCUGUCUGAUGUAACUGCUUGGAAGAUUUUUAGUUGAACCAGAGUGAAUAACUUAUUUUACAUGCCCAACCAAUCAGAAAUCAGAGAACCCAUCAUGCAUUGUAGUAGACUCCAUCAUCAUUUUAAUGAUUUGUUAGACGGUAUAUAUAUCCCUCUUAAUGUAAAUAAGUUCCUAUAAGUACUUAUAUAUAUUAACUGUAUGCUGAUGUAUAUAUCUCAAAUAAAUCUCUAUGUACGUGUGAAUCAUAAAGUUGUUAGUAUACAUAUUUCUGAUCUAG